AUGAGAGCGUAUCGAUUGUUGAAGAAACUGAUGCCGUCCAGUGGUGGCGGUGACGAUUUUGAAAAGGCCAAAAAGUCCAUACGCUUGGCCAGAUAUGGCUGUACAAAUAGGCCUUUUUACCACAUAGUAGUUGUGCUUCAACGACGUGAUUGCAAAGCCCAUCCAAUUGAACAGCUUGGUACGUAUGAUCCUAUGGAAAACCAUAAUGGAGAAAAACUGGUCAGCUUCAAUUUGGAAAGGAUCAAAUACUGGAUGGCCAAGAAAGCACGUUUGACCAAUCCAGUCGCCGAAUUAUUAGGUCUAUCUGGAUUCUUACCCAUACACCCUCAUACAUAUAUGACAGCUUGGAGGAAUAGGCAAAAAAUGAAGACCGAGAGUGAACAGAGUGAGACUGCAACCAAUUAA